AUGCGUAUCCGACAAUUGCUGACCAUAUGUCGAGCCUUAGCAACUACUUUGCGACGUUUAGAAUUGUUACUUACUGUUAUCGUGCCGGAAGGAGCUGCUACAUCUGAAAAUCGUAGUGCUGCUGUUAUAGAAGUAGCAGAAACAAUGAUUACUAUGGAACAUUUGAGUCAUUUGACGCUUGCACGAGCUUUUCUUAAGCCUUCGACAAGCGAACAAAUAUUUGAGCUCUUAAAAAUGUUUCAUUCACUGUCAACAAUAACAUUCGAAGCACUAAUUUUAAAUGAUUUCAUACAACUUGCAAAUGUUCAUCUACCGCCAUCAGUAAAACGAAUUGUCGUAAUAGAAUCAAUCAAAAUCGAUCUCUCAUGGUAUCCACUUAAUUCAGUUUCUAUGGAAUUCUUUGACGUUUUCAACGAUGAAAGAAUGCCAAUACUACAAGAUGUGUGCCGUAAAGUACGACGUGAGAUCACGUUCCAGCUUGGCCGUCUUCGUGGAUUUGGUUCAGCAACUGUAAAUUUCCAGUUGAGUCUUGUACGUAUUUUGGCGAAUAAGGUGUUACCAUUGCGGUUUGGAAGCCGAAGAAACGAUUGCCGUGUAUUUCUUUGGAAAGAACGUAUCCUCACACGUAGAGAAUAUUUAAAGAUGAAUGAUAUAAAUAUUGAUGGGAUUAUGUGA